GUUCUAUUUUAAAUAAUUUACUUUCUGGAAUAAUAUUACAACAAAUACAAGACUAGAGACGGUUAAAAUGGGACGGGCCACCUAGACUGUGAAUAAUUUAAGUGUAUUAAAAUGUCAAAUAGAUUACAAAUUUACAAUUAUAGGUGGGAAAAAAAAUAGGAAAUAACCGCUGAAAAGAGUAACCCGAAACUUGCCAUUGUUGUUGCUCCCGGUCGGACCGUCCGACCGUUCGGCGUCUGAUUUGAGCUGCUUUCUUGAUCGAAGCAGAGCUUGUUCUUCCGCCAUAUUUCAAUUCAAUGUCCUAUUGAUUCGUUGCUUGUCCGAGCUGAAGGAAACGAAUGGUAGAAAUGUUUGAUUCGAUAGUUCACACAUUGUUGCCCUUGAAUACCUCGUUGCUAACAAAUCAAAUCCUCCGAACUCUAACCAGUGAAUGAAUUUCAUGAAACGCGAAGAUGAUCUUCCGAAGGUUAUUAAUUAUUGCCGUGCUAGGUUUUGUGCUGGGGGUAAUUAAUCGUGCUGAUGGAGAAUCAUUGACUUGCCUGACGGUUUACAAAGAAGGAGGUGCACCGGCGGUUUUCCAGUCGCCCAAAUGCCCUCGCUGGAGCUUAUCGAGCUUCGGUUCUCGUCAGCGGUCGCCGAAUAAUCGUCACUCAGCGAGAUGUCAAUCGGCAAUGCAUAAAGGUCGCAGGAAGUCUCAGGAGGAUCGGACUCUUUGUGCUCUCGACAUACGCAUUCCUUUUCCCGGUCCGACUGGGAUUAAGGAAGUCGCAGUUGGUAUUAUUGCUGUUUUUGAUGGUCACAAUGGUGCGGAAGCAAGUGAGAUGGCUUCAAAGUUGUUGCUGGAGUAUUUUACCCUUCACACUUACUUUCUUCUUGAUACAACCUUUUCCAUUUUACUGGGAAAAUCUACGGGAAGGUUAGGAAAUGAAGCCGAGAGGGAUUGGUUUUUCCAGAAAGUGGCAUGGAAAGUGCUGGAUCACAAUGAGGUUGAUUUUGGGAGGUUGCUUUCUAUCCUAUCAUCGCAAAUAAAAUAAUUUGGUAUACUGUUUUAGCUGUAUUGUCAUUGUAGGAAUUCUGUAUUUUGUUAAAUUUUAGCAUUUAAGGCAUCUGCACAACCCUUCUUUUCUGGUCUUUUGGAGGGUAAGAAAGGAAUCGAGAUUUGAACCCCUGAUUUUCUCCAUUGUGGAGCAGAGAUUAUUCACUAUGCAAUGACUUGGAAGCAUUUUUUCAUUUUGAUUUGCUUAAUGUCUUUUAAUUGCUAUUACUUCAUUUAGACGAGUGAAGAGAAUGUCUCUUUGAGUUGCCUUUCUCAUAAGCGAAUUUACUAUUUGUUUUGCAAUCUGAUCAGUUUUUUGCUUUGUAUUAGUGUUUUCCCCUUUAAUCUCAUUGCCAUCCAGCAUCUAUCAAUGCUCUGCAUUCCUUCCAGUUGUAAUUCUAAAAUGCCUACUUCAUGUAUUCAUUUUUAGAAUGAUAUGUUUGAUCUUCUGUAUGACCUGUUACCGCGACGGUCCUGGAAAUGAUGAAAUUUUAUGUUUAUUGUGAAACUGUACAGGAUUUUAAAGUUAUAUUCAUUCACAGCUAAGUCCAAAUUAGGCUCUGAUACUGCAUCUUUUUGUGAAUGUCUCAGUAUUAUAUAUGAAGGCUUAAUAGUUGUUAUAUAUGUAAAUGGGUUGACACGGUAAUGACAUCAGAACUCUUUAGCAGGCUUAAACUGGAUUUGUCGACAAUUGGGGAUGAAUCCUUUCACCUGGAAAUAUUGAAGGAGGCACUGUUGAGGGCACUCCACGAUAUUGAUGUAGCAUUCACCAUGGAUGCUCUAAGAUACAAUUUUCAUUCUGGCUCCACGGCUGCUGUCAUACUCAUUGCGGACCAUCAAAUUUUAGUUGCGAAUGUGGGAGACUCAAAAGCAUUUUUAUGCUCUGAAAUACAUCAGUCUCCUUUUGAAGCUAAAGCUACUUUGCUACGGUUGUACAGAGAAAAUAGGCAUGAUAUGACUUCUCCAGUUGUCAAAAAUUACCGCAGCCUCAAAGAGGCUGCCUCCAAUGGGUUCACUUUUCUAAUUGCAAAGGAGUUGACAGAGGAUCACCAUCCAGACAGAGAAGAUGAGCGCUCCCGCGUCGAAUCUGCUGGAGGGUAUGUUUCUGAGUGGGGAGGUGUGGCUCGAGUCAACGGUCAGUUGGCUGUUUCACGAGCAAUUGGGGAUGUGUACUUUAAGAGUUAUGGUGUUGUAUCUCUUCCUGAGGUGAAUGAUUGGAAACCUUUGUCAGUCAACGACAGCUAUCUGGUGGCUGCAACUGAUGGCGUGUUUGAGCAUCUUAAUCCGCAGGAGAUAUGUGAUAUUUUCUGGGAAAUACAUAUGGAGAGUAAUUCAAGCUUAGAAGUUACAGAUUCGUUGUCAUAUUCCUUGGCGGAUAGAGUUGUAGACACUGCAUUUUCCAAAGGUAGCGUGGAUAACUUGGCAGCUGUUGUACUUCCUGUCAAAUCGGCUGGUACUUUUCAGACGUUCUUGGAGAAUAGUCCUGAUGGAUCAGGGGAAUUUGAUUUGCCAGCAUUAGGAUACAUCAAACACUUCAACAAACAAUUAGUUGAUAAUGAGGCAUCGCUGCCAGUCGAGGUGGAACAUACUUAUCCUCUAGUUGACAAGUCUGAGUACAUAAUGGUUGAAAGAAAGCAAAACAAUGUUGACUGCUUUUACUUGUCUGAAAAUCUUGAUGAAAUUGAUGGGUACACAUUCUGGACACAAAGAAAUGACAAGGAAUAUACUCGAAAAGUACGACAUGCGUUGCCGGAUGCUAUUAAUAAUUCUCGUGGUCCACUUAUGAAUUUCCAUGAAGAUCAGAGUAUGUGCAUGUUUUUUGGAUUUGGCGCUGAUGAGUAUAAUGGCCAGUGCACAAAUUCAGAGGGUUUUACUAAGUUGCUUGGUCUGCUUGGAACAAUUCCGCUACACAAUGCUGAUCUAGAUGAACAAGCACUAGACUCAAGGUACAUACUAAAGAAAAGGUAUGACCGCGGAUCAUAUGGUGAAGUGUGGCUAGCUUUUAAAUGGAAUUGUUCCAAUGUGAGCCAAAGCUUUGAACAGACGUGUAAAGAUGAGAAGUUCUACUUUCAUACAAUGCAUUUAGGGGCUUACAAUCGAAGUUCUGAGACAAGCUCAUCUACUGAGGAUCAAAAUUACGGGACUUCUCCUGAUAGUAUGUUCAUCUUGAAGCGUAUAAUGGUAGAAAAGGGUGCUGCUGUCUACCUUAGUGGGUUGCGAGAGAAAUAUUUUGGCGAGAUGUUCUUGAAUGCUUCCAGUGUUUUGAGCUUUUCACCGUCAGCUGGGGUACCAGAUUGUUCCACCAUCAAACAAGAGAAUGAAAGCACUUGGUGCGUCGACAGUACACUAUCUGGAAGAGGGGAUCUGAUGGGAAGUUCUCAAGAAGGCGGCUUGAACCACAUUGCUCGUUUUGUGGAAUCUUUUGAGUCUCGAUCUAAUGAAAUAUGGCUUGUAUUCCGACAUGAAGGUGUUUCAUUAUCAAAGCUACUUUAUACAGCCGAAGAAGUUCUAAAUAAUGCUGGCAAAGGAAGUGGUGAGAAUUUUAAGCGUGUUCAGAUAUUGCAUCCAUCAAACUGGUGGCACUGGUUGAAGACAACAAAAGCAGGGCAUGAGGAAAUGCGUAAUCUUAUAUUCCAGUUGUUGAUGGCAGUGAAGUCGUGUCAUGACCGCAAUAUCACUCACAGGGAUAUUAAACCUGAGAAUAUGGUCAUUUGCAUCGAAGAUCAGGCUUCUGGACGAUGCUUGAAAGGAUUUCCAGAUGGAGGCCGGAAUUAUAGCACGAAAAUGCGUCUCAUCGACUUUGGGAGUGCUUUAGAUGAGUUCACCCUGAAGCAUUUGUACGGUUCGCUUGGACCUUCUAGGGCUGAACAGACAUCAGAGUAUGCCCCUCCAGAAGCUUUUCUGAAUGCUAGCUGGUAUAAGGAUACAAUGAAGAAGAAUUUAAAAUAUGAUAUGUGGAGUGUUGGUGUUAUCAUGUUGGAGUUGAUUCUGGGAUCACCAAAUGUAUUUCAGAUAAGUUCAAAAACACGUGCUCUUUUAGACAAGCAACUUCAAGGGUGGAACGAGAACGUCAGAGAACUUGCUUACAAGCUUCGAUCAUUUAUGGAAAUGUGCAUUCUGCUUCCUGGAAUUCCCACUAGGAUUCAUCAUACUUCAGAUACUAGAGAUUAUGGUUCAGUUCCUCCAGUUCCCUGGAAAUGCUCUGAAGAGUUCUUAUUCCAGCAAAUAAAGAAUAGGGAUCCUUUAAAUAUAGGGUUUCCUGAUGUUAUGGCAUUGCGGUUGGUUCGUGACCUAUUACAGUGGAACCCAGAAGAUCGGUUAAGUGUUGACGAAGCUAUACUGCAUCCUUACUUUGCUCCACUCUCUCGAGUACACUAAAAUUAGAAGUCUGAUGGAGGCACAGUAUCUGGGGGUUUCAAGUUCUUAAAAGGUACUACAUAUUUUUCUGAUGUUUUUGUUCAUCUGAAAUUGGUAUAAAUGGUCACAAAAGCUUUUAGUUGUUAAGCUCUUGAAGUUAUAAUGCAGAUUCAUAAUGUUGACGCCUUAGGUUUUAUCCACCUGUACCGGAAUGCCACACAAGGAAAGACGAACAGCUAGAUUGGUGUCUUUCCUGCUGCGGGGGCAGAAUCAAGAUUCGACAAGAAGAUAUCCUACUUUGCUUGCUGAAGAGUAAGCUUGGUUGACCGAACAAACAACAAGGCCUGUCCUAUUAAUGGGGUUGGCUAAAUAUGCUUUGGACUGCCCCAGAAAAUAUUAUACAAUCUUGUGUGUUGCUGGGUAAACAAGGCAGCUCCAGAAGUUCUUGGAUCAGCCACCCUAUGCCAAAUAUUUAAACAGAGAUAGCUGGCAAAUACACUAGCUGGAAAUGGUCCUGGGAUCUGUGUUUGCUCGUUGAUAUAGCCUCUCGAUCAUAUCUCUUAUAGAACUGCAGCAAAUCAGCCUUCAAACUUGAUCCGGAAGGCUUCACGCCCAGUAUUGAGUACAAAUUUCUCUAGAGGCAAGAAUUCCCCUCUCUCUGCCCAGUGGCUGAACCUCCGAGUCACCGUGCAUCUUAACUUGAGUAUAGAGAUGGUCUCCAGGCUCAAUUACGGUGGAUGGAAGGUGGACGGUGACUGUCCUUGACCUUUGUUUUUAGUUAGUCGUGAUUGUAUUCACUAUUCCGUAUAGAGCUAACAUAAUAGUUGAGUUUCUUAGAUAAGAAAAACUGAUGUAAUGAAUCAAAUUGCGUUUUUUUAACCCGGUAGAAAAAUUUGCUUCUCUUUAACAUUCUGGUUCACCUGACAACUUUCGGUAACGCUGCAGGUUCUAAAUUGAAAGCUUA